GGCCUGGGCUAGAGUACCCGGGCCGCCACCAUGCUGCUUUCUGCCGCGUCUUUUGCCAAGAGCAAGUCAAAAACCAUUUUGGUGAGGUUGGUGAGCCAAGCUGGGACAGGUUUCUCCUUCAACCACAAAAGAAGCCGACUCCGAGAAAAGCUGACUCUUCUGCAUUAUGAUCCAAUUGUGAACAAAAAAGUUCUCUUCGUGGAACAGAAAAAAAUACGCUCCCUCUAAGCAUUGGAUAGAAAAUGUAUUUGAUUCAUAAAUGAGAAGACUGAGGGUGAGGGACUGGCUCAGAGACCUGCAGAGUGUGCUGAAGAAGAGGAGAUACAACAUGGCCGCCGGCGAGAAGGCCACUGGGAAGGAGCAGUGCCAGGAGAGAGUUCUUCACAGAGACCAGAUAUUUAUCUCUCUGGAUUUCUUAUAGGCAUUAAUAAAAAAUGUUGAAAUA